AUUUAGUAACCAUGGUUUUACUUCAGCAAUAUUGCUGUAAACUUUACUGUAGUAGUCAUGGUUACAUUUGUAGUUACUAUGGUUUUGCUGCAAAUACCAUGUUUACUGAAUAAAACCAUGCUUUAUUCUCCCAAGGGCCUGUGUAGGUAAUAUGAUAUGCUGAUGUUCAUCAUUUUGUCUGGGUUUUAACAUUACCAGUGUAUCACACCCAUGACCCACACCAUGCGUCCUACCCCCUCUAAAACUAUAUAGAUAAUGAAGGCUACAGGUAAAAACGCUGGAAAACACCAGAAUGAGAGCAGGUGACCAAACAGCUGCCAUAUUUCCAGCAGUGUUAAAGCUCAGCAUUCAGGCCGGACUGGUCUGCUGUGCUGCUGCACCUCCUGAAUAAUGUAUAAGUGACGCGCACAUUGCGGCUGCAGCGGCUCUCUCUGCUGCUCCAGAACAGGCUGUGAGGGGGCGUGGUCACGCAUGCAUUAUGACGCGGCGGUGACGCGCAUGCAGGAGUUUUAAUCCUCUGCCGCAGCAGCAGAUCAGCCGGUAAUGCGAAGAGGGGGAUGCGCGGUCGGUCGGACGGAUGGAUAGAACUGCUAAAAAAAAAGCCGCAGACAAUUACAUACGAGCGCAAAUAUUUAUAGAGAAUAAAAAGGAGACCGACUCGACCGAAAGCUCCUCCUCUCUCGCUCCAAACAGGCUUUAGGAAGUUCCAGGACACUGUGCAUUCUCGUAUUGUUCUUGACAAGGCCUGGGAAUAAGAAAGCUGAAGUUUUUUCCUCGGACGCAAAUAAAUGGGUGAUUACGGGUUCGGUUUGUUGCAGACAGCGAACAUAAGCAGCGGCACGACACUGUUCAGCGGAGGCGCGUUCACACUCUAUUCCAGCAGCCCGUCUCCGGUGCGCCCUGGCAGCUCGCCUCUGGUGUCCUCUCUAUUCCCGUCACAUCAGCGCAACAUGCAGGAUGAGCCUGCGAGAUUGACAUCCUCUCAGUCCAGCGAGACCAGCAGCAUCGGCGAGCACGAUCUGAGUCAUUUUUCCGCUGCAGGUCAAGCGCAGACAGUCGGUGACCUUCAGCACGACCGGAACACACAUCAGCAGGCUGAGCCGCCGCAGCCGCAACAGCCCUACUCACCCGCGGACCUCGAUACCGAUGCUUCUUCGCCCGUGAAUUCCAAUAAGGUCAAGAUCCAAAUGGAGUCCCCCAGCGCCCACCAUAUCACCAACGCAAACGGAACCGGUGGCAAUAACAUGCUCGGAGCCGCUUUUGUGAACCUCCCCCAUCAGGAGAUGCAGAACCCCGGGGUAGGCGGCGGUGGCGGCUCGUCUUCCCCCACCCUGCCCGGUUUCGGAACGCCGUGGUCCGUUCAGACGAGCUCCCCCCCACCGCCCGUCUCCAGUUCCGCCAACGCAAUUAACCCGAUACCCACCACCGAACCUGACAACUUCUACCCAGGCAUCCCCUCCUCUAUCAACCACGGCUACUUCCAGAGCUUUUCGACAAACCCGUGCCCAGUGCAGGGCUUCAGCAGCCCCUUCUCCCACCAGAUGAAUGUGCCCCCUCAGCAGCCGCAGAGCCGCCGGUCACCGGUCAGCCCGCAGAUGCCCCCGCAGCAGGGCGCCUUUCUGCAGCAGCGAAACAACUACAACCACCACCAGCCCAUGAUGAAGCAGUCUCCAUGGGGUAGCCACCAAGGCAGCGGCUGGAACUCUGGCGGGAUGUCAUGGGGCCGAGACCACCGGCGUGGGGGUGGCAUGGGUGUACCUGGCUCGAUCAACCAGAUAUCUCCCAUGAAGAAACCUUUCUCUAGCAACAUCAUUGCUCCACCUAAAUUUCCCCGCUCCGCAGGCUCCCUGGGACCGAAGUCCUGGAUCGAAGAAAAUAUGUUCCGUACUGACAACAACAGCAACACACUGCUGCCCCUGCAGGAUCGGUCCAGGAUGUACGACAGUCUGAACAUGCACUCGCUGGAGAGUUCUCUGAUUGACAUUAUGAGGGCGGAGCAGGACCCUUUGAAGGCCAGGAACUAUGGGAGACGACGAGGACGCUCCUCCCUUUUCCCCAUUGAUGACAGUCUCCUUGAUGACGGCCAUGGCAACCAGGGUGUCCCGGGAGUGUUGGGGUCCCCUCACUGUUACCCCCAUCAGAACGGGGAACGCAUCGAGAGGUUUUCCCGCAAAGUGUUUGUGGGCGGUCUACCCCCAGACAUUGACGAAGAUGAAAUCACAAGCAGUUUCCGGCGCUUUGGUCACCUGGUUGUUGAUUGGCCACACAAAGCUGAGAGCAAGUCUUACUUUCCUCCUAAAGGUUACGCCUUCCUCCUGUUUCAAGAGGAGAGCUCGGUUCAGGCUCUGAUUGAAGCCUGUUUGGAGGAGGAUUGCAAACUCUACCUGUGUGUGUCCAGCCCCACCAUCAAAGACAAGCCUGUCCAGAUUCGUCCGUGGAAUCUGAGUGACAGUGAUUUUGUGAUGGACGGAUCUCAGCCUCUGGAUCCUCGCAAGACCAUCUUUGUGGGAGGAGUGCCACGCCCACUCAGAGCAGUGGAGCUGGCCAUGAUCAUGGACCGGUUGUAUGGUGGAGUGUGUUACGCUGGUAUUGAUACAGAUCCUGAGCUGAAGUACCCAAAGGGGGCGGGGCGUGUGGCCUUCUCCAAUCAGCAGAGCUAUAUUGCAGCCAUCAGCGCCCGCUUUGUCCAGCUGCAGCAUGGUGACAUCGACAAACGGGUGGAGGUGAAACCGUACGUGUUGGAUGACCAGCUGUGUGAUGAAUGUCAGGGUGCACGCUGCGGUGGAAAAUUCGCCCCGUUCUUUUGCGCUAACGUUACCUGUCUGCAGUAUUACUGUGAGUUCUGCUGGGCGAACAUCCACUCACGCGCCGGCCGCGAAUUUCACAAGCCGCUCGUCAAAGAGGGAGCCGACCGUCCCCGCCAAAUACACUUCCGCUGGAACUAAAUAUGGGAAUUCCUGGAGAGCCGGAAACGCUAGCAUCGCAGAAACAACACGUCUGCAGCGGGGGGAAAAGUUGCUUUGUUUGUUGGCCCUUGAACUCAAGUUGUCAGUAUAGAAUUACGUGACCAUAUCCAGUAUAUAGAGAAUAUAUAUGACAAUAAAUAUAUAAAUAUAUCUUUAUCUUUUGUAGCAGCCAGAAACACUACAAGCCUCAGUUUAUUUCACCAAACCACUUCUUUAUCCUCCCUCCAUGCACAUCUCAGGCUCGGAACAGCGUUUUUGUGGUACUUUCGUGUUUUUUAAAAAGGAGAUUAAGAAAAAAAAAAGAGAUUGAUUUUUUGUAGUUUUUUCAAAUUAUUUUUAUAUUUGAGAUUUAAAAAGUAGAAACGAGAAUGUUUUCGCUUGGGGGGGCAGCCUAUUCGUUCUGUUCGUUUAUCCGUGUGUUCGUCUGCUGCUAAAUCCCCCCCUUGUGGGCAAAGUGCGCAAUUGUCUCUGGAAAACCCUUGAUAAUGUAAUCUAUGAUGCCUGGCCUGGAUCUCGAACCAAAGGUAGCAAAACAUGCGGCCUGAAAAAGAGAUAUUUCUGCCGCGGAUCAAAUAAUUAAAAAAUAUAAUAUUUCCCCCUCUUCUAUUGUUUUGACUUGCUCCAAUGUGCUCUUAGCAGGAAUAGGAAUGAUUCAAUAAUUAAUGACUGAGACUUUACAUUUUCCACUGGCAAAAAUGAUAAUACCUCAGAAUAUUAAAUCUGGCUUGUUAUUGCUCUACUCUUGCAAUUUAAUCACAAGCUAAAAAAGCUUUGCUGCUAUAUAGGAUAUACCGAAUAAAUAGUGUAGGUGUUCUAUGUAAUGCCAUUGCGAUGCCAAUGGUGAUUUCAUAAACAGAAAUGCAGUCUGUUCCCUCACAAAAAGCAUGGCCGAUCUUCACCAUGAAAACACAGAAUGUGAAAACUUAAGUGCAUGUUUGUGGCUAUACAUCAUCUGCAUGCAGUUUAAAGGUUACAAGCACAUAUAAGAAAAGAUAAAAAACAAACAAAACAUGACACAUAUUAAUGAUAAACAGAGGAAUUUAUGUAGCAUGAGGCUGAUAAAAGGUCAGAUUCUUAGAUAUGAGAUAAACAAUAAAAACUAUUGUAACAUUUUUAGUAAAAACCUUUGCAUGCAUUGUUGUGAUGAUUCCUUUAUGAACUUAUUACGAGAGAAGUAACAUUAGUUUAUAGAGUAGUGAGUUCUGCCAUUUUGUAACUCGAUAAUUAGUCAAGAGACGGUGUGAUGUCCUGUGGUUUUUGUGUCUGGUCUUCGUGCAGUGUGAGUCUAGUUAUGAACUGAGGUUUCUGUUCGGUUUAAACUCGCAAGAUUGCGAGAACCUCUAGACAUUUAACCUUUGCCCUUCCUGAACACCCCCCAUCACCCCUCUUAUUACGAUAACGAAAAGAACGUAAAACACAUUUUAUAUGUUCUUGUUGUCGUUUGUUCACGUAGAUAAAAGGAAUUCAUGCAAAAUGUUCUAGACGGAAUCGUAAAUGUGAUUGUUGUCUUUGUGUGGGCGGAGCUUAGUCGUACGUUUCGUUCAUUAUUUUCUGGACAAACAAUUUUUGGUAAAUUCUAAGAAUGGACAUGAAUGGAGAAAAGAGAGGAGAAAGAUUUUCCAAAAGGAACCCUGUCGGCAGGUUUUCGUGGAAUAUUUUAGUAGCGUUAAAUUCGUAUAGAGAUUUGUUUUUGGAGUAAUCAGGUGAUUCUCUGUGUUUGAUCAGUCUUGUGGACAAUCUCUACAGAAGCAAUGGAUGCUGGUGCCGAAACCAGACGUUUGGUACUGUAUUGCUAUUUGUCUGUCUGCUCUCUAUUUUUGCACUCUAUAUAUUCUUGUGUUCUGGGCUUGGUGAAGAAUUCAGUUUGUACGUGUUAUUUAGUCUUUCUAAGUGUAAACAGUAGGGUUGGGAACCAAGAACCAUCAGUUUUUUUAGGGAUGCCCGAUACUUUUUAGUUUUGUACUCGCCGAUACAGAUGUGAAAUAUUGUUUCGAUAUAAUACAAUUGCUAUUUAGUUACUCAUUUAAUUACUAAUUCAUUGCUAUUUAAAUCAAUAAUAUGUAGUCUGUAUAUGACUCGUGCUAAAAAUUUAAUUAGUGGUCUGCUCACUGUCAUCUGCUAUAAACAGAAUUUUUACCAGCACGAGAACAAGUACAAGAGCGUGGUAUCGGACUUGAUUCCGAUACCAGUAUUGGUACAUCCCAAAAAACACUUUUUGAAAAACACUGGAACCGUAUCAUUUUCAUGACUUUCAGUUCCAUUAAAUGUGCAAUUUUCCACCAGUGCGGACCGAACACUGUACAAAAAUGCUGUGACAGUGUUUCCUGCAGUGCAUUUCAGCGGCAGCGCUGCCCCCUACUGAAUUUACGGCAUGAAACAUGCUUUGCACCUAGUGUAUUGAUUCCUGAUAAAGUGACUUAUGAGCCAGCUCUUUUCAAUCAACAUUGCGAAACACACAGCGUGCCGAGUGUAGUCCGAUUCCCGAACGAAUGACUCUUAUGAGCUGGCUCUUUUCAGUCUAUAUUGCGAAACACACAGCGUGCCGAGUGUAGUCUGAUUCCCGAAUGAAUGACUCUUAUGAGCUGGCUCUUUUCAGUCUACAUUGCGAAACACACAGCGUGCCGAGUGUAGUCCGAUUCCCGAACGAAUUACUCUUAUGAACAGGCUCUUUUCAAUCUACAUUGCGAAACACACAGCGUGCCGAGUGUAGUCCGAUUCCCGAACGAAUGACUCUUAUGAACAGGCUCUUUUCAAUCUACAUUGCGAAACACACAGCGUGCCGAGUGUUGUCCGAUUCCCGAACGAAUGACUCUUAUGAGCCGGCUCUUUUCAAUCUACGUUGCGAAACACACAGCGUGCCGAGUGUAGUCUGAUUCCCGAACGAAUUACUCUUACGAACAGGCUCUUUUCAAUCUACAUUGCAAAACACACAGCGUGCCGAGUGUAGUCUGAUUCCCGAACGAAUUACUCUUAUGAACAGGCUCUUUUCAAUCUACAUUGCAAAACACACAGCGUGCCGAGUGUAGUUCGAUUCCCGAACGGAUGACUCUUAUGAGCCAGAUCUUAUAAAUCUACAGUGGGAAACAUCUGUUAUACUGUAUAUAAUCGUCAUAAAUCAAAUUUUUUAUUUGUUUCAAAUUUUUAUUUAAUAUAUAGUUAGGAUAAUUUAUUGGAUUGCAUUUAUGCGUCUAAAAGUAUGCAAACAUGUAUUUUACAAGAAUUGUAUAACAUUUAUUUCUGAUUUGUUAUAUCUGCUCUGUAGAAAUCUGAAAUGAUCUCAUCAUUUGGGAACAGGCUGCUGAGGGCAGUAAAUGCGACAAUAAUUGCGACAAGAAUUUCAUUUCUUAUUUCCAAAUAAUUCUUCCUCAAAAGUAUCGUUAAAUUCCUUACGAUUUCCAUCCCUAUUCAACAGUGAGCUGAGAUUGUAUAUUUUAUUUAUUACAUAUAUGUAUUUCGAAGUAUUUAUUUGUUGAUGUGUCGCCUAUUCCCAGACUUUCAAAUCUUGAAUCACUUUCUAGGACCUUUGCGAUUUCUCUCUCCUCACCUUUCUACACUGAGGAAAGCUAUCCCUCCCUCCCUAGCAGUCCGGCCCGCCAAUGGGCUGACGUUUGGACUCAAAAAAAAAAAGUCUCUUUUAUUUUAGAU